AAAUAAAACAACAUUUCAGUGGUUAUAAAAUGUGUUGAGUUGCAGUUAUGGUUAACCAACUAGCCUAAGAGUCUGUGCUCUUGGGCUGUGUGUCAAAACCUAGUUACCUAGGCAGCAUUGUAGACAUCAUAGUCUCCAAACCUAGUAACCUAGAAUUGGUGACGUCGCAGUUGGCGUAAAGAGAGGAUCAGAUGAGCUGCUGUCCGGCAGCAUGUAUAACAGCCCCAGUUCUGGGCUGAGCAGUAUAAGCGAUACGACAUCCAACGGUAGCGACAGCAAAAAGCUUCGAGUUGAAGACAGAGUUGGCGACGCUCCGCCAUCCCGCGUUCUCCACAUCAGAAAGUUACCCAACGAUGUCUCUGAAACAGAGAUCAUUGCUCUAGGACUUCCUUUUGGAAAGGUCACCAAUAUCCUCACACUGAAAGGCAAAAACCAGGCGUUUCUGGAGCUCAGCACAGAGGAAGCUGCCAUGACAAUGGUCAAUUAUUACUCAGCUGUGACGCCUCACGUCCGUAGCGUGCCGGUCUACAUACAGUACUCUAAUCACAAAGAACUCAAGACUGACAAUUCAAACCAGUCAGGUGGUACUCUCACAUCAGGGUCCAACUCUAGCGAUGGUGGCGGUACACCUUCAAGUCCAGUUCUGAGGAUAAUCAUUGAUAACAUGUUUUACCCCGUCACCCUAGACGUGCUGCAGCAGAUCUUCUCAAAGUUUGGCACCGUCAUGAAAAUCAUCACAUUCACCAAGAACAAUCAGUUUCAGGCCCUGUUGCAGUACAACGAUCCAACCAGUGCGCAGCAAGCUAAAGUGGCUCUAGAUGGUCAGAACAUAUACAAUGCCUGCUGUACCCUUCGCAUAGACUACUCAAAACUCGUCAACCUGAAUGUAAAAUACAAUAACGAUAAGAGCAGGGACUACACGAGGCCAGAGCUUCCGGCUGGAGAUGGACAGCCCGCUCUGGAUCCCUCUGUGGUUGCUGCCCUGGGUAAAGAUUCGAAUUCCCUGCUCGGUAAGAUCCCAGGUGCUCUGAGCCCAUUGAGCGCGGCUGCUGCUGCUGCUGCUGCAGCUGGAAGAGUUGCUCUGUCUGGGCACUCGGGGGCCAGCGGAGUGCUGCUUGUUAGCAAUCUCAACGAAGAGAUGGUUACGCCCCACAGUCUGUUUACCCUCUUCGGGGUUUAUGGGGACGUGCAGCGUGUGAAGAUUCUUUUUAAUAAGAAAGACAGCGCACUGAUACAGAUGGCCGAUAUGAACCAGGCUCAGCUUGCGAUGAGCCAUUUAAAUGGUCAGAAGAUGUAUUCAAAGAUCAUUCGCGUUACGAUGUCAAAACACCAAACCGUUCAGUUACCUCGGGACGGUUUAGACGACCAGGGUCUGACGAAAGACUUCACAAACUCGCCGCUGCAUCGUUUCAAAAAGCCCGGCUCCAAGAACUUCCAGAACAUCUUCCCUCCUUCUGCCACGCUGCAUCUGUCAAACAUCCCGCAAGACAUAACUGAAGAAGACCUCAGAGUCCUGUUCUCCAACUCCGGUGGCACUGUGAAAGCUUUCAAGUUUUUCCAAGAUCAUAAAAUGGCUCUAAUUCAGAUGACAACCAUCGAGGAAGCUAUUCAAUGCCUCAUCGACCUCCACAAUUACAACAUGGGUAAUAACCACCACCUGAAGGUCUCCUUCUCCAAAUCAACCAUCUAAAGCAACCCGAGAGGUCUUGCUCCCAACUGCUUUUUCUAGCGUUACCUGUUGACUGUUUAAACACACUGGGGACCACGAUUUUGACAGUUUCUUUUCCCAAGUUUCAUUCCACGAGAAGAUGUCGAAAGAAGGAAAUAUUGUGACUGUUUUCGAGGACAUUUUUUACCCCGUUUCCCUCUGACACAUAACCACUUCGGUGGCGGAAAGAUGAUGUGCUGUAAAGUCCGAACCUCUUAUAAUAAACAGAAAAGAACGUGCCUUACAAAACUUACAUAAAUCUUUUCAUACUUCAUCUUUUCAAACCCAGGCAGUCCUCUGAGGGUUUUGUUAAAACAAUUUUUGUUUUCCUUUUGUGUCUUAUCCGUAUGUGAAAAAGCCUCUCAGUUUGUUUGUUUAGUUCUUAAUGUCUGUGACAUUUUGAUUUAAGAUUUGUAAAUAAACCUGUGAAUCUCUAGUGAUCGUCACUAUGAGACGUUAGGCCCAUUCUUAGCCCACGAAUCCAGCAAAACCUUGUUACUUGCUCAUUUUACACCAUUUUUUUUCCCUAUCUUUUCUUUCAUCCAUGUGCGUUGUCUUUAUUUUAAGUGGAAGGUUGUUAUUAUUAAGGCAUACUUUUCUCUGCAUGUACCAACUGGUGCAUCUUUAUUCCUAGUGUUGCAUGGAUUGGAAAUCACUUCUUUGUGUGAUUUGGAAAGACAACUACAGUAGAAGGGACCAAAGUUUAUGUGCCUAUAGUCUUAAUUUUCUCCAAGAUUGAGCAUUUCAGUUCACUUUUCAGAAGACUUGUGGACGGAGAAGAGCUGAUAAAAUAAAAAUACUGAUUGGCAAUCCACACUAUGAUUUAUUAGAGGGACAAAAGGAUCUUGUAUAUUUUUUGUUUUUAUUUUUCUUUUUUAAACCUCUGUAGGAAUGUAUGAUUCGGCAUAAUUUUGGAUGUGGCACAAUUAAAAGUCUUUUUCUAACAAAAGCGGGAUGAUUUGA